GAGUCUGUCUGUGUGUCGUACCAAAACACUGGAAGCACCGAAGCAGGAUUUGGAAGCUGUCGCUAUUAAUUACUGUGACAGCUGACAGCCUGUUUGUUUGUUUGGCAUGGCAGGCUCAGCUUUGAAAAGGCUGAUGGCCGAAUAUAAACAGUUGACGCUUAACCCACCAGAAGGUAUUGUGGCUGGCCCAAUAAAUGAAGAAAAUUUCUUUGAGUGGGAGGCACUUAUAACUGGUCCAGAGGGGACAUGUUUUGAAGAUGGAAUAUUUCCAGCAAGGUUAAUAUUUCCACCAGAUUAUCCUCUAAGCCCACCAAAAAUGAAGUUCACUUGUGACCUCUUUCAUCCAAAUAUAUAUCCAGAUGGCAGGGUGUGUAUAUCAAUAUUACAUGCCCCAGGGGAUGAUCCCAUGGGCUAUGAAACCAGUGCUGAGAGAUGGAGCCCAGUGCAGAGUGUGGAGAAGAUACUGCUUUCAGUUGUCAGUAUGCUGGCAGAGCCGAAUGAUGAAAGUGCUGCAAAUGUUGAUGCUGCAAAGACGUGGAGGGAGAACAAAACUGAGUUUGAGGAAAUAGCACGACGCACAGUCAGAAAAUCUCUUGGGUUAUAGCAUAGGCCUAUUAGAGAACAAAGGACAUUACUGGGGAAAAGACAAUGUGCAAUUUAACUUAGAUAUUUGUGAACAGUUUUCAGACACUUGAAAUUAGUCAUGUAUUCAUGAAAUCAAUUUACAACACAACAUUUCAUUAUAAAAAUUAUUACCAAAUCUGCUGCAUGUGUAGAAAUUCAAAAUAAGGUUUGAAGAAACUGUUUAAAAGAUAUAUUUAUUAUAAGAAUGCACAAUUGUGGAAGACUUCAAGGUUGUACAUUUUAAUAACUUUUUUUAAAAGGUUUGGUAUAAUAUGGAAUGAGGUAUGAGCAAUGCACCUUUAUAUGGUUUUUAGUAAUUCUGUUUCAGGGGAGAGAUGAAAGACCUCAUUUGACAGAAACAGAGUAUCCUCCUUAGUAAGGAAAAUGUGAUUAACACAGAUUGUGUAGAAAUGGUUGAAUACCUGUAUUUAGACAAAAAACUGGGUCUAGUCUGGUAACGCCACAGAAUUGCAACUCUUAGAAUAACUGGGGCACAUUCUUAACAAGUUAAAAUUGUUACACAUUCAUAUGACUUGAUAAGUAAAUAUAUUAAAAGAUUAUUAAGUUUGAUAA